UAGAAGUUACAGACCUUGUGGUCUUGCAUUUGUGGAUUGUAACUCUGCUUUCCUCUUAUAUGGAACAAAACUUUAACAACCGAUUGCUCUGAGCACCAAAAACUGAAAAACUAUCUUUUCUUUGACUUGAGAAUCAACAGGCUUUCAAUGUGCUCCAAUGCAGCUAAGUGAAGAAUGGAACUUUUACCUGCUGGAUCCAUGAGCCAGAUGACCAUUUCCAUCUCUGCCCACAUUCUCCACCAAACCCAGGUGAAGAGUGUGUGUGUUCUUGUGCUCCUGUAUAUUCCUCUGUCUAUGAUGGACAGCCCUGGACCAUGCAGGCACUCCAUAACCAAAGAUCACCUGCUCCAGAUAAAUCAUCUAAUCAGUAACCAGUUCCGGAAUGGAUGUUCAAUAUCCUAUAUGUUCAUUGAGAAGAAACAUCUGAGCUCAGUCUGUUACGUGAAGGCAGCUUUGCCACAUGUUCUGGACUUGCUGAGUGUCCACUUCAUAUACUCUCAAGACUCAGAGAGUGCUCUGUCAGUCCGUUCUUUACAGACCCUCAUCCACAACAUCUACUCACAGCACUGUGUGCCACCUGUUAACGAAGAACUAGAGGAGGACCCCGUAAUGUUUCUGAAGCAGUUUAAAGAUUCGCCUAUUCAAGCCUUACAGAGAGCCAAGGAGGUGCUGGAUAUCUACCUACAGCUCAUCACACAAGUACACACAUCCUUGGACUGGAGUUGUGCAACUGAAUACAGCAACUACACAACUGCUGUCAUUACUCAGCCACCUAGCACACAAAGCACAGAGGCCACAAUAGUGAUGCUGGGGAAGAACGAGCAGGACUUGUCUGAUUUGAGUUUCUAUAAACUGGGCUUCAUCAUGUUAGCAGUGAUUGCAGGACUCUUCCUGCUUAUCGCUGUCUUUUGCCUCAUGCACAGAAAGAGAUUUCGCCAACGUCGAAGACGAGACACAGAUUUUGACACAUGGUCCACUGUCAGUAACAUGGGCUUCCGUUCAACAUCUUUUAAUCGAAUGGACCUGAUAAUCUGAAACUUCCAAAAUUUUACCUCGUAAAUGACCAAUUUCACCAAAAAACCCCACAGAAAACCCCCACGCUGCUGUUUUUCUCAGCCUAAAGUAGACAGUAAAAACGAAAGUGUAUUUCUUUGCACAAUCCAAAAUCAUUGCAAACAUGUAAAUAUUCACAAUAUAUUGCAAAUGUAUUUAUGAAAAUAACAUUCAACCCACUUUACAAUGUUACAUAUGAUAGAUGUUCUAUUACAAACUUCUCAAAUAAUGAUAUUUAUUGCUGCUACAUGCAUACAAUAUACUACACACAGACUAUUUUCACUAUUUUUGAAGUUCUGUAUCUGACAUUCAAAGGAAAUUUUAUUGAGGGAAAAAAAAGGAAGACAUAAAAAUAAGCCUGCUGUCACACCAAUUUUUCUUUCCAAUUCUUUUCCCUCCAAAAAUAAAUAUUCUUCUUAGA